AUGCUUGCAAACGCGCAGGGCUACUACUCGGUCCUCGUCCCGCCGCAGCCGUUCUCGCCGGCGCUCCCAGGCGAGGCAACGGCUCUCACCGCCGACUUCCCCGGCCCGGCCUCUGCCACACCGCGGUCGCCGGCCUCCAGCUCCCGGCCGUCAAGCAGCUCGAGCAGCUCGAGCAGCUCGAGCUCGAGCUCCAGCAGCGGGAGUUCUGCUGAAGGCCCGGGCUCGGACGCGGGGGAUGAGGCCGGGCUCCUGGGCCUGGACGGCGCGGUGGCGGUGGCGGUCCCGCCGGCGGACGCCAUGUCGGUCUCCUCGGUGGCGUCGUCUGCUGUGACGAAUCCUGCAUCCGAGCUUGCACUGACGACGCGGCUGUCACGGUCGCGGUCGCAGUCGCCGCCGCUUGUGCUGCCGCCGCUGGCACUGCCGUCGCUCUCGCCGGGCUCGCCCAACGGGUCGGGCGCCGACACAACGGGCCGGUCGUUUGGGUCGGACCCGUCGACUGAGCCGUCGAUGCGGGCAUGGUCCGAGAUGGCGUCUUCCGAUGGCGAGGAGGUGGCUGCUGCCAACAGCGCGCUUGUUCUACACGGCGUGCGCGGGUCGCGGUCCGAGGCCGAGGCGUCGGACGCUGGCGAGCUCGACGUCUUUGCCAUUUAUUCACGCAAGCACCUUGUCGAACUGCUCCACGGAGCGCUUGUGGAGCAAGCCGAGCUCGAGGCCGAGUCUGUCAAACUCCAGCACAACGUGGCCAUGUACUACCGCGAGAACGAGUCUGCCGAGAAGAUCAACCAGGAGGCGUCGUCGAUUGUCUCGACCUCUGACCACGAGCAGACGUACCAGUCGGCCAUGGAGUCGCUGAAGCAGGUCCGCGAGCAGAUGGAGCGCGAACAGGCGGCGUACGACGCGCAGAUCGAGGAGAUUGAGGCCGAGCUGGCCGCCAAGCGCGCCGACGAGGCGCGGCUCCGCCGGCAGUUUGACGAGAACAAGCGCGAGAUCGCCCGCGCCUCGCAGCACUCGCGCAAGGGCACCCACAUGCCGAGUAAGCUCAUCCAGUUUUACGAGCGGCGGCAGCUGGCCAAGAACAAGGACGUCUCCUCAGUCCGCCUCGUCAACAUCAAGCUCUCGCACAAGAAAGACGCGCUGCAGGCGCAGAUCGAGGCCAUGGAGAAGGAGAACGGUCUGCACCUCAUCGACUUUGAGCAGAAGAAGAUCGAGAACCAGACGUACAACGACAAGCUUGACGAGCGCGCCUCGGAGCUUUCGCGCCUCCACCGGAAGCAGACGACCACCGUCCAGAUUCUGACUCACAUCAAGGAAAAGUUGGCGUACGUGGUCUCGGAAAACGCGCUCCUCCGCGAGGAGGUCACCCGUGUCGGCAAGGAGGUUGCCGCCUCGCGGGCGCGGCUCUCCAAGCUCAAGUCGCGCCGCGACACCCUGCGGACCGCACACACCCAUCUCAAGGACAAGGCCGGCCUAGUCGGCGACUAUGCUCUGCUGCGUGACUUUGAGAAGCGCGCAGCGUCGGCGGCCGACCUGCAGAACCAGCUCGCCGACCUCAAGGAGCGCCACCAGGCGCUGCAGCGCGCCACCGCUCGCUGCAAGGCCAAGCAAAAGGCCUUCCUCGCCCAAAUGCAGGCCGAAAUGAUCGGGGCGCACCCGCGUCGCUGAGAACAACAGCACCGCAGUAAAAGGAUGAUCAGUUGCCGCCGUUGCCUACGGCCGGCGCGUACACGGCGG